AUUUAAGGCCUUGUUUGGGGGGGCGAGCCGCUCCCAAAUGGCAAAAUACAGCAUAGUUGGAAUCACUAGCUACUUUUGUCCAAUGUCACCGCGUCAUUCGAUCUGGACCGCGAAAAGCACGAAUAGGGCGCUGGCCGUCUUUGUCUUCUUGUUAUAACUUUCGCUGGCCCACCAUAGUCGAUGGCAGACGCAACAAACACAACUCCAACACGGUUAAUUAUACGAAUAUUAUUACAUUAAUCCAAACUAGCUUACGCAAAGUACCCUCGGCUAGCCUCUUGCUCAGCUUACGCCAUCCGUAACCUGGCGGACCGCUCUCACCUGCCUGGAUCGUCCUUUACGUCGCCGUGAGCAAUAUGAGUUCCACCCUGACGGUGCAAGCACAGCUGCUUAAGAUGAAUCCGUGGGAAAUUCGUGCUUUGCAGUAUAGUGUAUGUGAACCCAGUCCGCCUAGUUCGCCUCGCCAGCUCCGUGCGACCCCCCGAUCCAGAUGGGGGCCUCUGCAGGAUCCGAUAAUUUAUCCAGGCCUCUAUUCUGGCACGGGCUUUGACUUGAUGAAGAUUCUUUUUUAUGUUAUGGGGAGGCCAAACCCCCAGGUUCAUCUUGGGCCAGUAGACUGCUCUGUAUCACUAAUCGUAUGCGAUCUCGACCAGGCUGAUACCCCAGCCAUCUAUGUCACUGAUGCCUUUUGUUCCAUGACAGGAUACAACACAGAUGAAAUCAUCGGCCGCAACUGCAGAUUCCUCCAACGACCACAAAGCCUACAACCAAACCUGCGGAACGUCAGAGAAAAGAAUCUCCCAUCAGUCAAACAAAUACGAAAUGCACUGAGUUCGCAUACCGAAAUUCAAACAAAUCUAAUCAACUACAAAAAGACCGGCCAGCAGUUUACAAAUACCCUCACUCUGAUCCCUAUUCACAUUCCCGACUGCAACGCCAACUACGUUGUCGGCUUUGCCGUCGAAAGCAAUUAAUGACGCUCCUCUUCACCUCCAUUCUGAGGCUGAAGACAUGAUACCAAACCUUCUAUCUUUGCUUUAGUGUUGCAUUGCACUUGGCGUAUCUUGACGUUUGACCUUUUUCUUCUAAUGAAGUCCUGGUUUUAAAAGAAAUUCAUAGUGCGGUAUGGCGGCACUCUCGUUACUUGGGGUUAGACACUCAGAGCAUCUUGGCGCUGUCAGUGUCAUAUUAAUGUACAUGGUAACCAAUAGAUUAAUGAUAUCCAACUAUUAUACAAAAAUAGAUAUCCUAAUAGGGCCUCUUCAACUACUCUCGUAGUCUUGCUGAUCGUCUUCUACCUGUUGAUUCCGCCGGCUUGGCUUGGGUCUUGCCCUUCUUGCUCUCAACAGGGCUUUGGUCCAUUGGGGCUCGUCUUUUCUUAGAGAUUGGCUUUUUAUCCUCUUCAUCUUCUUCCUCCUUCUUAACAACAGCCUUCUUCACGUUCUUCUUCACACUCUUCUUCGACUCCUUAGGCUCAGGAGCAUCGUCCUCCGACUUGACUUCGCUCUUCACACGCCCAGCUUUACCACCAGUCUUCUUUUGAAUACCUGGUGCAUAGCAGCUAGUGCGACCACCAACAGUAAUAAAGUCCAACUUUUCACCGUUGGGAAGCCUACUGGGUCCCUUAUCGCCCUUACCCCAUCUAUGGUUGAACAGCCAAUGGUCAGGAAACUGGUCCGAGUCUCCAAGCUUGUCGAUAGAUAGUCCACACACAUAGUUGAUGGCUUCGUAAAUACUCUUAAUCUCGUCGUCAUCAAACUCAUUGCAGUACUGUUCCGGGUGCGCCUUGGCCUGAUACAGGGUCUCAUCAGCAACCCAGUUGCCGAUUCCACUAAUGAAUGUUUGAUCAAGGAGAAGAGCCUUGAUUGGGACAUGUCGCGAUUUCGUCCUUCCAGAAAAGUAGUCGAGCGUGAAUCGAUCUUUGUCAACGACAGGAUCUGGGCCGUUUUCCACAAGAGGCGAGUGUUUUCGAAUAUCGGCUGCAGGGCAGUCUACCAAACGAACUCUUCCAAACCGGCGCGCAUCUGUAAAAGC